AUGCUAUAUUCCUCUUCCUCCUUGCAUAAAGUAGUGACGUUGGGCAUUCUUAAGAACCAGAUUCAGUCCAAUUCGAUCAUGAUCAUUCGAGAACUCAUUUCAUCUUCUCAUCCUAUUCGUUCCUAUUCAUCCCUAUUCUCAAGAGAUCUAAAGAAGCUUCGAUCAACAACAAACAACCAUCAUCAAACCACCACCACAUCAACCACCAGUAAGAAUGGUCCAUUCCAUCAUUACAACUCCGCAAAGACCUCUCACCAUCCCAUGCAUGGGUCCUAUGUGGUUGCACUUGCAUCGAAGGCAGUUGAAGAUCAUUCAGUGACAUCCUCAGAAGAAUCUUCAACUGAAACUGUACAACCAAUUUCCUAUGGCCAUCUCUUUGCAAGAGAUUUAAUAAGAAAGAAAAAACACUGA